AUGAUCCUCUCGACUGUGUCUAUAGCCCUGAUCUUGCUCAAUGUACAAUUCUGUAGUUGCUGUAGGUCGACAAUUUCUGACAAUCCCCUCCCCAUUUGCAGCUGGAUUUUUGCUAGCUGCUAAGCGGCAUACCAACAUCGACAUUGCUUACGAGGUGCCGACAUCCUUCCGGGUAUGUUCAUGUCAAAAUUUGUUUUAUUAAAAAAUGGAAAUUCGAAAUAUUCCUGUGCUUUUCUCCGUGCAGUUCAAUUCUUCCGAAUCAGGAUUUGUGCGUCGAACAGGAGGGCAUCCCUGCGAACCGCCGACUAAAUGUGUAGAAUUCUAUCCCAGUGAGUUGUUGAGUCUUUUACAAUUUGUCACUUCAAAUUCGCAAACACAAACACACCCACGAAACAAAGACCAUUAAAUGCGGGUUUUUUGAAUAGAUGGUCAGAUCACUUAUGGUUGUCUGCAAAUUUUGAUUUCAAAUAUUAAAGAUAGCUAAUUGGUUAAUUGAUUUUUUUUCUAAAAAAAGGAAGAAGGAGUUUUCUGAUCAAAGACGGAACUUACGAGAACUACUCUGUGGUUAUUCUCACACCCGAAAAUCCCGAAAAGGCAAACGUUGCGAUCGUCGUAGUAAACGAAGGGGAAUUCUUCCCAGGUAUAUGUGCAAAAGGUUUUACUUUUAAAAUAUGUCGUGAAAUCUAAUAUUCAGCAAUAAACGAUAUAGCAUGAAAAUGUAACUCAAACAUUUUCAAGUUCACAACUCGCAUUUCUCUUAUCUUGUCAGAGCUCCACGGUGUCCAUUACAUAAAACCCAUUGUCUCACAACUGGGCUAUUCGAGACCAAUUGCCGUGGUCAUGGAUGAAAAUAUAAAGGUACUAAAAGACCACAAUUUUUUCAUUUAUACUGUAAUAGUUGUAGAUUUCCAUUUGCCUGAUAUAUUUAUCUGCCAAAAUCCUGAUUGAAAUGCAACAAUCUAAGUGAACCAAAUUUCCUAUUUCAAGGAUAUCGUGCUACUGGGAAAUAUUACCAGAUAUGGGGCGUCCUCAGGCAGGAAGGGGCUGAAAAUAAUUAUCCCCUUUGGUACGUUGCGUUCCAUGUUGCUAUGCUCAAGAUCUGACGGAGCUGAUUCAUUUCACUUUCCAUUUAAGAACAAGCCGACGGUGUGA